CCCUAUUGUUCUCAGUUGGUUUGUUCUGAAUGUCCUGUACGGAACCCAACAUGAUUAUCAGGAAGUGAAGGGCGGUGGUUGAGAAAAGAGCAGCUUCGGGCUAACAGUGUUUGCGUAGUUGUCAGGUAAAACAAACAGGUCAAAAUGUCUAGCAAAAGGGCAAAGGGAAAGACCACGAAGAAGCGCCCCCAGCGCGCAACUUCCAAUGUCUUCGCCAUGUUUGACCAGUCUCAGAUUCAGGAGUUCAAGGAGGCCUUCAACAUGAUUGACCAGAACCGCGAUGGGUUCGUGGACAAAGAGGACCUUCACGACAUGCUGGCCUCACUUGGGAAAAAUCCAAGUGAUGAGUACCUGGAGGCCAUGAUGAUGGAAGCUCCUGGACCCAUUAACUUCACCAUGUUCCUCACCAUGUUUGGGGAGAAGCUCAAUGGCACAGACCCUGAGGAUGUGAUCAGAAAUGCAUUUGCUUGCUUCGAUGAGGAGGGUGCCGGUUCUAUCCAGGAGGAUUACCUCAGAGAGCUGCUCACAACAAUGGGUGACCGGUUUACAGAUGAGGAGGUGGAUGAGCUCUUCAGAGAGGCCCCCAUCGACAAGAAAAGCAACUUCAACUACGUGGAGUUCACACGCAUCCUGAAGCACGGUGCCAAGGAUAAGGACGAUUAAAGAGCCAUACCAUCAUAAUUCUUUCCACCCUCUUCUCCUCUUACGUCUGUUAGGUUUCGGUGCUGCAUGGCUCAACUUUCCAGUACGAACCCCAUUUUAAACCCAACCAAAGCAAUAACUAUCCACUCUAAAUAUCCACUCUUGUUUGUUGUGAACUUCCAGCAUUGCCAAAUGUACACAUCUCUGAGAGAAAAAAUUAUUUCAAAUGGAUUGUAAAAUGUUUUUCCUGUCAUGUGAAGUGGCAGUAGCUUGCAAGCUCUAAGGGAUAAAUAAGUCUUUGCAAUUCAUAUGAUCAGGUUAAGCUGAAUUUCUACAUUUUAUAAUAUAAACUUUUUAAAUAAAGCCAUCUAUCAAGUUGUA